UUGAUUUGUUGUGGUGUCUCUCCUUUAGUUUCCAAUUGGGUUUUAGGUAAAUCUUUAGGUGAUUUUGUGCUACUUAUAUUUUUGACAGAUGCUUUGUGACGUCACGCCAGCGUAACCCCGUGACCACGGAAGUUACCUGCGUGACCAGCGCACCUGCAUCUAACCCAACUUAAUUAUUCCCCUCUACUGCUUUUUACUCCGCGUGCACGUCACCUCUAAAUCAACAUGCUACGCCACAUGUGGUUCAGUGAAAUGGUUACUGUGUAAGAAAAUAUUUUUAGAUGUUGCUCUAAAUUGUGCGUUUUCCAAGAAGCCGAUGCAGCUGCUGCGCCACCAGACUGUUUCUGCCUCCGUCGUUUUCUGUCGCAUUAGAGUUAAAGGCGAGAAGCAGUUGGAUGUUUGGACUCAAAUGAAAGACUAAAUAUGGUGGUUGUCCCUCCAGAGCCGCACGGUCAGUGUAGGAUGUCGGAGUGAGGAGACUGUGAGCGACUUUAACCGUGCCCUCCUCUGAAUCCAGCAGACGGGACGCAGAAAGGAGGUCGAGGGAAGCUGAGGAGAACCCUGCAGAGGGACCUGACUGAAGACACGGCUGAGGAGCACAGUGGCAGGAGAAGUUUAACUCCGAGUCAACUUCAUACCCACCUCCCUCUGUCCAGACAGCAUCAGUUCUCGUAGGACACCUAAAGGACACUGGGACUUCCUGUCCACCUACCUGUCUCUGCUGGACCAUGGGUAACCACAGUGGAAAAGACAACCAGAGCCACGGCCUAACAGGUUCUCCUCUAGAUUUUUUCCAGACGCCUCCCACCACUCCCUCAGAGGCAGACCUGGCCAACAUGGCCUUUAAUAAAGCACAGACGCCAUCACUGACCGGCGGCACCACCCCCUCCGCUGCUCCUCCAAUCCCAGACUGCACACAGAAAGUGUCUGCUCCGACAGAAUGGGCCCUGAUCAGCGUAGAGAGCAAUGUGAGCGACGCGGCGGAGGCGGCGGCGCACGAGACGGCAGCGGGCAGCACCGACAGCACGGGCUCUCCGCCUGCGUCCAGAGGAUCGUCCUCAGAGCAGAGCUGGCAGGAGAGAGACAGUGGACUGGAUUCACAGGCUGCAGCAGAGACAGAAGAAGAAGAAGAGAUGACCCUGGUCUUACUGAGUCUGAUGGAGCACCAGAGGGCCUCACUGGGACUCAGCCCCAACCCUGACCUCACCGCUGGAGCAGUAGAGCUGCUCAGACAUCUGAUAACAGAGACAGAUGAGCUGGUGGAGGAGGUGGAGACUCUGAAGGAGACGCUCAGGACAGAGAGGCUGGAGUGGCAGCAGUUCCAGUCUGACCUGCAGGUGGCGGUGUCCGUGGCCGACCGUCUGCGCAGCGAGUCGGAGCAGGCUUUGGUUUUACUCCAGGAGAAUCACAGGACCACAGAGGAGUACCUGAGCCAGGCCCUGAGCCGACAGCAGGAGACGGACCGAGAGCUGGAGACUCUGAGAGCCGAGCACAGAGACGUCUGCCGCCAACUGGAGGAACUGCAGAAGGCAGGACGGGCCGAGGUGGACGCUCUGGGCAACAAGGACAAAACCGAGACAGAGAGUGUUGACUCUGAGGAGAGACGUGGCGAGGAAGAACAAGGAGACGACGACGUGGAGACUGAAACUGAAGAUAAAAAUGUUGAGACAAAGGAGAGCGAAGGAGAGAGAAAUGUAGAAGCUGCAGCUGCAGGUCUGGAUCUGCAGGGUGUGAACGGAUCAGGGAACACUCAGCCCAGGGGGAAGAGGGUGGUGGAGGAAUAUCUGCGUUGUCUAGCAGCCCAGGAGAGGAGGAAAGAAGAGGGACGUGGGCAGAGGGACCCGAGGAGGAUUGUGAUGCUGUCUGAAAGGUCCUGGAGUUUGUCUCGUCUCCCACUCCCACUGGACUCAUCCUGUCAAAGUGACUCUGCAAAGAAUACAAGCACCACUCUACCACUAUGCAAGAAGGGGCAGCCGACCAAAGGCAGGAGAAUGGAUCGGGUUUUACAGCGUCAGGACAGUUGGUCCAGCUUUUCGACAGCAAAACAGGAAGAGGAGCCGAGCUCAGACUACAUCAAACCUCAGGAUGGUUUCAGUGCUCUGCUGCGGCGUCAUGGCGGCUCCCGGAGAAACUCGCUGCUGCGCUGGUGCCAAACUCGCACACAGGGUUAUAAGAAUAUUGAAAUAACCAACUUCAGCAGCAGCUGGGAGGACGGUUUGGCGUUCUGUGCCGUUUACCACACAUACUUACCAAAUCACAUCCCCUACCACGUCCUCCAGCCAGAAGACAAGAGAGAAAACCUGGAUCUGGCUUUUAAAACUGGAGAGAAUGUGGGAAUCACAGCCUCACUGACAGUGGAGGAGAUGUUGAAGUCCGAUGGUCCAGACUGGCAGAGGGUGCUGGGCUACGUUGAAAGCAUUUUUCGGCAUUUUGAGAUGUGACGUCACUUCACUUCCUCCUGUCCUUUUUAAUAAACGAAUUCUUCCACUAUUAUUCGGCGUAUAGGACUGUGAUGCUGUUUAUUCUCCACAAGGGGGAGUUAUGUUCCAAAAAGUAUAAGCAAUAUGAGAUUUGAUAUUAUUUUAUUUUUUAGAAACAUUCUUCUCACAGAAACAACACCAUGGAGAUUAAAAAACAAAUGACUUUAAUUUUAUUUUUUUCAACAUUCUGUUCACUGUGGUGGCACAGAGUCUGCAUCGGUGCAGGGUGAGAAAGCACAGGAACCAAGAGGGUAAAUAUUGUUUUAGAAUUUCUUUUACAUUUGGUGCUGGGAUUUUUCACUCUUUUGGAUUUUCUACUGAGCACUUUACAAAUAAUGUAUUAAAGUAUUGUAUGUAGUAUGUUUAGGUGAAUAAUAUUUAAAGCACUGAUGUUUAAUUUAUCUGGACAGAAACUUUUAAUUUAAUGAUCUUGACAUAGUGUUGUCAUUUUUGCAUGCAGCAAAAAGAACAAAAACAGCAGUAUUUCUGUUAAUGUAAUGAGUCAACAGAAUAGUUUCCUUAUAGGAAAUGUACAUAUGUAAAUGUGUGUAUUUGCUGUAGUAUUUUUUAAAAAUGGAACAUGUACAAAUGUCUCUGCCAAAGCUGUGUUGCAAUAAUAAAGUAAUGUGUAGUUAAGUUCCCUUUUUUUUCUUACAUAUUUAGUAUCACACAUUCACAAAUAGUUUAUUGUCAUAUAGUACAUAUACAUAUUUGGACCUCAGUAUAACAAAUAUUUUUGACAGAAUUUAAAAAAUGUUACGAAAAUGUUAAAACAUGGCAGUCAAAUAAAUGUUGCAGAAUAAGUAACAGCUAAAGGUUGGUGUGUAACAUAAAAAUAAAUACAGAA